AUGUCGAGCUCUGCCUAUAAUCGAUGGGAGACCUUUGUUAGCGUUGUGGGGGUUCUUACCGCCAUCCCCCUUAUCCUCACCAUUGUGGCGCUACAGCUGCCCACCAGAAAGGUGGCGGGUCUCUUUGAGACGCUGGCAUCCGCCGACGCCCAGUUGCACGAGUCCAUCGAAGAGGGGCUCCUAGAAGACCACCAUAUCAAAUUAUUCACUGAGCAGUUGAAAUUACUACAGACCGCCGCAAGAGACCUCAGGGACAGAGCGAAUUCCGCGACGGACUUGACCGAGAAUUUCAAGAACUUGAUCAAAGGCCUGACAAGUCAGAUUCGUUGCAUCGAGUAUGAAGCCAUGAAGUUGCGCGCCGCCAUCUCGACGGCCAGCACGCGUCAACGGGAAGAAAGAGCACGAGCUGAAGCGAGGCGCCUUUUGGCCGCUGGUGGCGGUGGCGCACUUGAAGGUUCAGAUCCUUGUACACCGAAGCUCUACACGAAAGUGUGGCGUUUCUUGAAGGAGACGCCGCGCCGCUUCUUGUCCUUGAUCUUCCCCUGGCGCUCGGAGCCUCCGACGAAGAGCAACGGUUGCAUCCCCCUUCGAGAAGACCCCGACGUAAGCCUACCUUCGCUCGAGAAUGACGACGUAUACGCCGUACCCCCCUCCGUCCCCGCCACCUUAUCUUCACUCCCGGCCUCGUCCUCCGGGGACUCUCCUUCCUCCGAGGAUCAUGUAGCAGAGCAACAGCCAUCGCGGCGUAGGGCUAGAGACACUCACGCUUCCCCUGCGGCAGGGCCGGCACCCUCCAGGGGCUGGCAUACGCCAUCGUUCCGCGGGUGGAAGAAUCCCAGAUCUUUCCCGUCGCGCUUCCGCACACUCCUUCGCCCGGUGGCGCACCAUCACCGGCGGCAUCCCCGUCGCGCGUCUUCCUGCGAUGCCGACGACGAUAGCGACGUACUUCUGAUCUCGAUGGCGGAGCUGUCGUCCAUCGAGCCAUUGCAACCGGACGACGACGCGGACGACUGGGAGGACGUCGAAACCCGGAAGGUAAGGCCGAUAUUAUGACCUUGUUCUCGAUCGAUACAACAUUAUGCUACUCUUAUCUGUUUGUUUGUUCACUAUGCGCAUCCAUCCCGCUCUCGCCCUCUCGCUCUCCAACG